AUGGAAUCACAAUCAUUGUAUGCUAAGAGGUCCAAAUGUAAAUUUGGAAUGACCGAGGUCCUGUACUUGGGUCACGUCAUUAGCGCCCAGGGGGUACAAGUUCACCAGGAGAAGAUUCAGGCCAUUUUGGAUUGGCCUCCACCCAAGACUCUCUCGGAGUUGCGUGGAUUUUUUGGUUUGUGCAGUUAUUACAGAAGGUUUGUGAAAGGAUUUUCACAACUUGGGGCACCACUGACCGAUCUGACAAAGAAAGGAUCCUUCCAUUGGCACGCACAAGCGCAACAGUCCUUCGACAAAUUAAAAGAAUUUAUGAGUACAUGUCCCAUUCUGGCAGUACCAGACUUCACUCACCCCUUCAUCCUGGAGUGCGAUGCAUCGGGGGAAGGAAUUGGAGUAGUAUUGAUGCAAGACCCUCACCCCAUUGCAUUCGAGAGUCGGAAGCUCUUGAGAGUUGAGUGGUUAUAUUCCAUCUAUGACAAGGAGAUGCUAGCCAUCAUACACGCACUGACGAAGUUCCGGCAAUACCUCGUUGGAGAAAAGUUUGUUGUGAGAACAGACCAUAAUAGCUUGUGA